ACAGUAUUGAUCAACAGUGCUGUGACAGCUGCGAAAGCUGAACAUGUAUUGACUUAGAGCGUAUCCUACCUCCGUUUAUAUUUCGCACAAGUUCAAGUGUUUUCGACCCACCUCUUAAAGAAAGAAGUUAAUACCAGACAUUUCAGUAACAUUGUUAACGGAAAUCCGCGAAAAGUAGUUGUAACUCUAAAAAAAUUGGAACGUAGCGUGUGUUUGUUCAACCAAUGCAAGUGAAAUUUCCUUAGUAUGGCACAUACGCCAGACGGAGUACACGUUGUCGGUAAAAUGAAAAUGGGGAAAACGAGGGGUGUACACGAAACAACCCCUGAACUACGCAACCGGAUGGUGGGAAUGUAUGAAGCAGGUCUGGGCCUGCGGGAAAUCGCUGUUGCAGUUAAUUGUUCUCAAAGAACGGUAAAAAGAUGGUUGAACCGUUUCGAUAAAGAAGGAACAGUGGAGACACGAGAGCGUUGUGGUCGUAAAAGAGCCACUACUAGUGAACAAGACGAUGCCAUUAUUCAACUUGCGACACAAACACCGAUAACAGCCGCAAAAGCUGUACUGCCAGCUUUGGGUCUUUCGUGUUCCGUCGAUACAGUGAGAGAAAGACUACAUAAGGCUGGAAUUCAUAACUGGAGUCCGUCACGCAAACAUAUGCAAAGAAUUCCUUUAGGAAAGGAGACGGAUGGAGGGACUAUUCAGCAAGCUGUGUGGCGUCCUACAGGCACGCAACUUGGGAAGAAGAGGUGUGGAAAAAAUGUUAAUAAGUCUAAGAAAGGCGGAUCUUCUCCAAAGAAAAAAGUUGCGCCUCACAAGAUUAGAGCAAAAGAUCUUCAUGUUGGUGACGGUGCACCUAGUGAGACGCUGAAACAGCCAGUUGUACAGCCUAGCUUCAUCUUUCCUCAGCAGAGUGUUCAUCAGCAAUCCAACACUGAAAUACAAACGCCUUCUCAGCCGUUAUCGUCCACCCAAGUGAUAUUUGCAAGUACUCUGGACCUUGUUCAGCAACCGCAACAUCUUUACCAUCACCCAGGGCUAAACGUCCCCCAAAAUUGGCCUCUAGACUUAGUGCAGAGUAGUCAUCAUUAUCCACAGGGGCAAACAAAUACAAUUCAGCACAAUCAACAUUUGCAACAUCUUCAUCAGGAACUACAGUGUCGUCCUGAACAACAUCAAGAGGCAGAACAACAAGUCUGUCGGCAAGUGGAGGGACCACCACAAAAUAUCCAUUCUCAUCUGCAAUGUAUAGAACAGCAACAAGUGCAGCAGUCAGAGCGACUGACCCAAACUUCCUUGUCUGCUUCACUAGAUAUUUCUGAAGCUUGUUCCAAUUCGAGUAGUUCGAACGAUAUUAGUCAAAUGUCAAAUGACAAACACGAUACAGCGAGAGACUCAUCGAAAAAUGUAGAAGAGGGAUCAAAUCGACGAAGAAAAAAGAAGGGUGGCAAAGUCAAAGGGACGCUGGAAACCAGCGUUGAAAUUCGGAAUCGGAUGAUUGGAAUGUCGGAAGCAGGACUCUCGACCUUGUCUAUUGCCUUGGCGAUUAAUAGAUCUGAGCGGACGGUUAAACGGUGGCUAGAGCGAUGGCAUAAAGAAGGAAAUGUUCAAACGAAAGAAAGAAAAGGACGAAGAAGAAUAACGACUAAAGAAGAAGAUGAAGCAAUUAUUGCUAUGGCAACGCAGCAUCCUUUAACAGCUGCUAAAUACGUUGCACCUGCUUUAGGACUGAAGUGCAGCGUCGAUACGAUUAGGGAAAGGCUUCAUAAAGCAGGCAUCCAUAGUUGGAAAUUGGGAAAGAAACAAGGGGAGGGUAAUGCUGUUCACACAGUCCAUCUUUGGCAGCCCAGUGGAAAUCGCUCCAAAAAGCUAAAGCUUCUUGCUGAUAAGAAAAAAAAAUUACCCGUGACUGAAAAACAGGAUGAUGUUUGUGACGAUUCACAAAAGCGAUCAGAUAGAAAGAAGAAAGUCGAAAAUUUACCUCUGAAAACAGUUCCACCACCCGCAAACAUGAUCCAUGAAGAAAGCAGCAUGCAGUUUCAAAAUCUAAACACACUAGUGGCGUCCUAUGUUUCAGCUCCAUCUAUAAUUCAACCACUUCAUACUCUCCCAGCCAACUCGACGCUCACGCCUUUACAACUAAUGCCUGCAGAUCCACACGGUCCUCCGUCGGGGCCAACGCCUAUGCAACCAAUGGGACCCAUAAUGCAGCAAAGACCUGAUUGUAGACUUGUGCCCACCUUGGCAGUUUCUUCCUCAAGUCAAGCAAAUAGUGUAGCAUAUACGUCAUGUAUGGUGGCUAAUAACAAUCACGCAUGUCAUAUGGAACAAGCAGAUCCCUUGAAUUAUGAACCCUAUAUUUGGAGCUUUUAAAUCAAUGGUGACACACGCCGAGUUGGCCCGGAGGUUAGUUCGGUCGUUAGCGGUGGGAGGUGCCAUCGCCUCAGCACCAGAUAAGAAGGAAAGCCCAACGGUGGCAGGUGCCAUCGUCUUAUCCUCCAAGGCGGAGGACAGCCCGGAAGAACAGGAGGGAACCGUUGGAGGUGUCGGGGUCUCCACCCUAACGCAGGGAAGGCGCAGACUGCCGCCCGCGUGGUCGCUAUCGGGCCUGGACUAGGACCGUCCACUCCCCGAAGGAGCGGUGGAUUACGCGGCCCUAGUUCAAGCCUAAUUGAAUGCGGGACGCUCGGGAGAGUUGAGUGUGGGGCAAGCGCCGGGGCCCGAUCCAGCGGGGGAGGGGGUAGUGGAGCUCCCGAUGGAGGAGAGGAUCCGGGAGAGGCUGCGCCCUGAUCCGCAGUUCCGCAAGAGGAAGAGGAGGCCUAUGAUGUUGGGGGCCACAAAAUCAGAGCGGAAUCUGUGCAAGAAGUGCGGCAGUCGGGAGCACAGAUGGAACCAGUGCCCCCGCUGGAACGAGCCGCAGCGCAAAUAGAAGCAUUGUGAGCACUGUGUGAUGGGGGGGGGGUGUUUCCCCACCAAUAAAGAUUAAUUUUUUUGGAAUCCUCUGCAUUAUUAUUUUGCGUGAUUAGUGAUAAAUUAGUUGUAAAAGUCCUCGCUAAGUAAAAUUCAUGUAGCAUUUAACCAAAGUAAUUAAGUAAGCGGGUUCAUCAUGGAAGCGUAAUAGGUUUAACUUUAAUAAAAGAAACGCGAGUUAGUGAUUAAUCAAUAAGUAUGAUUAAGUGGGCACGUUCAUUUCUGGAACUUAAAAAUUCUUAAGAGUAAUAAAACGGAUAAGUUAAGUUAGCCAUUAGAAUUAAGUAAGGUGGUAGUGGAUGGGAGACACCACACUAGUCUGAUCGGUAAUCAGAAUGAUUGAUUCGAGGCGAGUCUUCGAAGCAAUUAUUCGGAUACUUUGGUAUCAUACGUUAAAUAAAGCUUUAACAUUUUUUUUUAUUAUUUGUUAUUGACACACCGGUAAAUGAUGGUGUGUGGAACUCGAGGUUGGCAAUUGACCCGUUUCAACAUGCAUUUUUUUUGUUUAAUUAUGUUUGGAAAGACACAAAAGUGAAGGGCCUGCCUUGUACUCGACCCAGUGGGUCGAGUCUUGUCAGGGGGGAGUUGUGACGGGGCACUGUAGACCCCGCACAAAAACAUAAUAAAAUAAACGUU